CCUUGAGGUAAACCACGGCCUAUUCUCGUCUCUGUCCUUUCCCUUGCAGCCGCACUGCACGCUGCCAUCGUUCUGGAUUCUCAUUCUAACCUGCCCCUGGCUUCACAAAAACAUUCUAUCUUUGAGCUGCCAUCCUUCUUUAAGAUACCACAGUUCAAGUCUGAACAUAAAGACGUAAGACAGCAAGCAGAAAAAAAAAGGCCUAGCUCCUUGUUUCUCUUCCAUUCUUUCUGCACAGAUCCGUUUUUACCUUGUCCCGCCCCUGGCCUACCUGGCCUGCACACUCGCCUCUACUCUCGACCGACUUGAAGUCUCACACCUCGUCCACCAAUCCCUUUUUACUUCUUCCUAUUCGCUGUUCCUGAGCUGCUCCCUCUUGUACCAAUAACUGAACUGCACUCUUUCCGAUACCUUUUCACUCGCUUUCAAAAAGAUGGUCCAACAUUCGCCCCAAAACUUUACCCUGCUAGCAUUUCUUCUACUUCAAUACUCUCUUCUUGUCUCCGGCAUCAUCGUAUCUCAGCCCAGUGCAAGUUCCGUAUGGGCACCAGGCAAGACGUAUUCCAUCAAGGUACUGGACGAGCAUAGGGGCAAAACAGUGAAGGGCUGGCAGGUCGAUCUGAUGGUCCUUGGAGGUGAGUGUGACGGUAUCUGUUUACACGACGGCAUUGCUGCUGAGAUUGCAAAGGGAUACAACACUCGGUCGUCCCUACAAUUCACUGUCCCAGCUGAUCUUAUUCAGCAUGGAAAGGUGUGUCUGUGUUCCCUCUUGUCAUGCAUACAGCUAUCUACGUGAAUAUGUCUCCAAUGCAAUCAUGCUAAAGUUCCGGCCUGGGUACCUUUUGCCUCAACACAGGGAUUUCAAGUCCAAUUCUCCAACGCAAGAUCGCCACCAAUCUAUCACUCAGAAUUGUUUACAAUUGAGCAGGCCAGUAGCAAGCGUUCUGAGGACGCAAAGGAGGAGCUACAGAAGCGAGACCUUCCAACGGAUACCGAUGUGCGCAAAAGCGAGAAUGCGGCACCGUUUGUCCUCCCUGCUGUCCUCGCGACGACAGUCGUGCUGGGCUUCUCCUGUGUCUUUGCGUUCUUUAUGAUUUGAAUACGCGUACUGUGAGUAGCGAAUAAAUAGGGCCUGUGUAUUUGCAAGGUUCAAAUUAUAGGGGGA